UAUUAAUAUUUAUUUGACAAAAAUGGGCAAAGGAGGCGGUAGUGGAGGUGGUGGUGGAGGUAAAGGCGGAAGUGGCGGAGGAGGAAAGGGAAGUGGAGGUGGAGGUGGCGGAAGUAAAAGCAGUGGUGGUGGUGGUGGAGGAGGUAAAGCUGCUGCUGGAGGAGGUGGUGGAAAUAAAGCCGGAGGUCAACCUUGGUCAAACGCAGGGCCAAAUGCUGGUCAUCAAGCUGAUGGAACUCCGUGGACUAAUGCAGGUCCAAAUGCAGGAUUCCAAGUUGGCGGCCAUGCUAAUCAAAAUAAAUGA